GACGAAGGAUGUGAAGGUGGGCAAAGGGUCACCACAAUACCUGUCUCUUAUACACAGACAGAUGUGUAUAAGAGACAGAGGAACAUCUGAAGCGCCUGGGUAUAGUCAGCCAACAACAGACACAUCAGAAGGGCAAGCCCAUCGUCACCAUGAGAGAAGCGCCAGUGGUGUAGGAGGGCACAUCGACAUUCGUGGUUUGCCGCAGGUCAAGCUGUCUACUGCAGUGGAACAGGUUGACGAAGGAUGUGAAGGUGGGCAAAGGGUCACCACAAUACUCACAACUGUCACAGUGACAGAUAAURAAUGGUGUGAUGGCAGUGGCGCAAGUGUCUUCCCCGUUGGCGAGAAGGGCAAUAUUGGUAGCCCACAAGGCCAUAUGUGGAUGUCUAUGGAUAUUUUGCCAUAUGGGUYGGGAARCCAAGGGCGRCUCAGGGCAUCWUUGGAUGAAACCAUGYAUCUGGCRRAAAUGGAACAGCAACUCGAGGCUCACACUCCACUUGAUGAAGAGACACUCAUAGGCGACUUAGAGAUUCCUGCAGAAUUUCAAAGUCCGAUAUCAGAGGAGAAGGCACAACGAGGGUCUCAGGAGGCGGGUACUGUAACAGGCCACCAGGAGGAAGCUAUGCUUGCGGAGGAGAUGGAACCGGGCGGCGAGCCUAACAGUCCAUUUGAUGAAGACAUCCAUGGCAGCGACUUCGAUACUGGUACUGGAGGGUCUCGGGAUUCGCCUAUUGUAUUCGAUACUGCUGGGAAGAACGACACUCUUGAGGGUUUGUGGCAAACGAAACAAUUCAAGUGACGGACAUUGAAGAGGAUGAAGGACAUAUUGUACUGACUACUCCAGAGCAAAAGACACCUG